UGUGCUGCCGCUUACUUCACAUACCCUUACUGAAUUCUCAGUGGUAAACAAAUCUGGCUGGAAACCCUUCUGAACUGCUUUACUUGAGUUUGAGUGUCAGACCUCACCAUUUCACUACAGAAAACGAUGUCACGGCUGUUAUUUUUGUCACAGAGCCUCUUGUGCUCCAGGUGUAAGGUCUGUCCUCAGAACGUGGGCUCCUUCUCGUCUUUGCUGACGUUUCUCCUGAAGUCGGACAGACAUAUUCUAGCUGUGAGGACUCAACAGACAAGAAAUCUAACAGGAGCCCGACGUGCUUUUCACUAUUCUAACGGUGCACGGAAAAGGUUGUGGACAUUAGGCCUCGGGGCAGGUUUUCUGUUAGCUGUGGGGCUGAAAAACCACUACAGUCCUGAGCGCUGCGAGUGCGAUUCGGAGGAAACAGAAGAGCCUCACAGUAGCUCAAAAUAUAGAGCUGCAAUAGACAUCAGUCGAGACUUGGUUCAGCGGAUAAAGGUACAGGAUGAGGUUGGAGCUCCUGGUGUGGUCAUCGGGGUGUCUGUAGAUGGCACCCAAGUCUGGUGUGAAGGACUAGGUUAUGCCGAUUUGGAGAACAGAGUGGCGUGUGGUCCAGACACUGUAAUGAGAAUAGCCAGCAUCAGUAAGCCUCUGACUGCAGCAGCUGUUGCUCGAGUGUGGGAGGAGGACAAGCUGGAUCUAGACAUGCCUGUCCAGAAAUAUGUACCAGAGUUUCCAGAAAAACAGUUUGAGGGGGAGGAUGUCACCAUAACACCCCGAAUGCUGUUGUCCCACUUGAGUGGCAUCCGUCACUAUGAAAAAGACCCUAAAAAGGUAAGAGAACAAAAGGAGAAAGCAAAGCGCCUUUUGAAGCCUCCAGAGAAGAAAGUUGAGAGCACUGCUGAGAACAAAGACAAACCCAAACUGAAGGAGAACAAUACUAAGAGCAAGGAUCCCAAACCAGGCAAUAAGAAGAAAGAGUUUGAGCAUGAAGAGUACUACCUCAAAGACAACUUUGAGAAUGUGAUACAGGCUCUGGACCUAUUCAAGAACGAUCCACUUAUUUUCAAACCUGGCACUACGUUCCUGUACUCCACACAUGCUUUCACACUGUUGAGUGCUGUACUGGAGAGAGCAGCAGGCCAACGCUUUCUGGACCUCAUGCAGAAGCUUUUCCGUGAACUCGGCAUGCUCAACACAGUGCCGGACGAAAACGACCCCAUUAUAUACAACCGCUCCAGGUCUUAUUGUUUCAAUAAAAAGGGGCGUAUAGUGAACUGUCCCUAUGUGGACAACUCCUACAAGUGGGCUGGAGGUGGCUUUCUGUCCACGGCAGGCGAUCUGUUGCUGUUUGGGAAUGCAAUGCUCUACAGCUAUCAGAUAGCAGACCUGAAGGACACAAGCGGCCUCCUCCCAGGCUUCCUUAAACCUCACACAGCCAAAGCCAUGUGGGCUCCUGUGGAUAAAACUGAAGCUUCGUGGGAUAAGGAUGGAUUGUAUGCGCAGGGGUGGCUGGUUGUGGAGAAGCAGCAGAAGUAUGGGCAGUGUCGCUUGCGCAGACAUUAUGUCUCACACACUGGAGGCGCAGUGGGAGCGAGUAGUGUGUUGCUGGUUUUACCCAGCGAGACUGUACAGAUUCCUGGAGUUGCUCUUCCACAGGGAGUUGUGGUGGCGAUCAUCACUAACAUGCAGUCAGUAGGACUCAAUGCAACUGCUCUGAAGAUUGCCUAUGAGUUUGAGAAGGCCAGGGACAUAUAAAGCGAAAUUAGUGCAGGUUAAUAUCUAGUGUGGGAUGUACAAAUUCGGUUGAGUGUCUUCAUCUGAUACCUUUAAAGGAUUUGUGCAUCUCCUAUCAGAAUGCUGCCCUGUGUACUUUGUUUACAGUGCUAAGCUGUGAAUGCCACUAAGAGUCAAUCACACAUUUUUAAUUGCACUUUAGUGCCAUUUAUUUGUAUUUUGUCUUAUUGAUUGAAAUAAAUUUUGUAUGUCAUUUCAUUAGUAA